CUCCCGUAUAAGAUUUAUACUUUUAUAUAGGUUUCUUUGAUGCCUGAUCCUUAUUGUACUCAUAUCUAUCAAGGUUGAUAUACUUUCUACUAGAUUUAUAUUAGUUAUGUUGAUCUACAUUCGUUUAUUUGCUAAUUAUGAUAUUGUUGCCAUUAAUGCUUUAAAGGAUAUAUCGGCCAGUUGCAUAUGACUGCAAAUUAACGCCAGUAGUUUCCAGUAGGGUUCACUAGGUGGUAAAAUGUUGUACACCGAGCUUCCCGCAUGCAGAAUAAUACCGUAUUUUGCAAUUCACUAAUUCUAUGACCGUGAAACCGGAACCUCCAUUCUUUGCAUAGGUGACAAGAAUGAAACAUGUUACCAAAUCAUAAUGACCACAGUAGUAAGUAUCUCCCAGCAAUCUAUUUUACUAAGUGCAGGUCUAAAGUUCAGCGUCUUGGUUUUGCCCUCAGCUUUACCUUUGCGCACCUAUUCAAACACGACAUUUACUUUACACACCCUCACUGCACCUAAGACACCAGGGCCUCAUAUAUUAAAGUAUUCAUCGUACUUGUGCACCUCUUACUGACUACUAAGGUUGUCUAGAAAUCUGAAUGCGUCACUAGCUUCACCUUCACUUUCUUCCAAGGUGCAUUUUUAAAUUAUUACAUGUGAUAUUAAUAAUUCCACAAAUAAUCAUCUUACUCUCUUUCUAUACAUUUC